AUGGGCGUCACCCUUAUUACCUCCUUCGUGUUCGCCAUCGGGCUCGCCCUACCGCUCGCGAUCCGCCCCGGUGGCGGCGUGGACGCCGCCGAUGCUGUUGCCUUCCGGCCAAUACCCGACUGGCCCCGCGACAGGGAAAGGAUCCACAACGUCGAUUCCGACGGCCCCGAGAGUCCGCAUGAGGACUCAGGCGAGGCCUCUGACGAUGAUAGCGACGGAGGCGCGCCUGUUGACGAUGUGCACAACGUCGUCGACCUCUACACAGAGUCGCACACCUGCCGCUCCUGCGGCACGACGAUGCCGUCACGCAACCUUCUUUUUGCUCACCUCACCGCUUGCCCUGGCAUCCCUAUUUACGAAAUGACGGGAAAGGAUGCCGUCCGGCAAUACGACGAGUCCGACGUUAUCAGGGAGAUUCCAAAGGCCCCUGUCGAGACGACGGCGCUCGGAGGCUACCAGUACGCCAAAAUGAAGAUCCGCCUGUCGAUCAACGGCCAAGACGUGGAGAUCUGCGCAAACUCCGGUGCCGGCCAUAAUAUGAUAACAGUUAAGUUCCUGGACCGGAAUGGCUUUACUUACAAGUUCUACGAUGUCACUGAUCCCGACGCCCAGCCGAUCCUGGGAGGAUGGAACUCGCCCUGCCCAGAAAAGAGCACCAAGUUCGCAGAAAUCACGUUCUUCACCCCAGGCUUCCACCUCAACGGGCGACCCGGCAUCCUGCAGCAGACAGGCUGCGCCUGGCUCGUCAAAUCGCUGGGAGCAGGAGUACUUCUGGGAAUCGCCUUCUUCAAACCACGAGAGGCUAUGAUGGAUUUCGGAGCGGACCUCAUCUCGUUCCCCCAGGAGAACUUUCACGUCCCUAUCGUCACCAUGAAAAGCGGUGUCCCAGUGGUCCGCAAGGUGACCAGCAAGUCCGGCGUCGUCGUGCCUGCGGGACAGACGGUGGCAGUGCCAGUUGAUAAACGGGGUUAUACGAUUUAA